CACACAUUUGUAUAGCUUAGAACCUGUUUCUAAUAAGUUACAAUUACGUGAAAUACUUCUUAGCAGGAACUUGUUGAUGUAAUUGAAUUUUAGUUCUUGUGGCUAACUUGGUACACAAGAAGGCAUUGGCCGCAGUGCGGUUCAGCCAUUUCUUUCGGGCACGUUUAGAUCUUCGAAAUGGGUAUUGACAUUAAUCACAAAAAUGAUCGUAAAGUCCGUCGGACUAAACCUAAGUCGGAGGAUGUUUACUUGGCUCUUCUUGUUAAGCUUUACAGAUUUCUGGCACGUAGAACUCAUGCUAAGUUCAACAGCAUUGUUUUGAGGAGACUGUUUAUGUCAAGGAUUCACAGACCACCUUUGUCUCUGAGACGUAUGGUUAGAUUCAUGAAGAAGCCUGGUAGGGAAGGAAAGAUUGCAGUAAUUGUUGGAACUAUAACUGAUGAUACCAGACUACUUGAUGUUCCUAAGUUACAGGUAUGUGCUCUUCGCAUCACUGAACGUGCUAGAGCUCGUAUCCUUAGGGCUGGAGGUUCCAUUAUGACCUUCGAUCAGCUGGCUAGGAUUGCUCCUAAGGGGAAGGGAACAGUCUUGUUACAAGGUCCACGUAAUGCUCGUGAGGCUGUGAAGCAUUUCGGCCCAGCUCCAGGUGCUCCACGCUCACAUACCAAACCAUAUGUGCUAUCAAAGGGACGCAAGUUCGAGAGGGCCAGGGGUCGCAGGAAGUCUUGUGGCUACAAGAAGUAGUCAUCUUAUUAUAAAUAAAGAAUUUUUAUUAUUCUUCCUUUUAAAUGUUUUCUUUUUUUACCUGUUCCAUUAUUUAUGAAGCUGAAAUCUGUCAAGG